AUGAUUAAGAGUGAUCUUCUCAAGCUCAUCAACUCCACCAAGACCCCUACACCACAGCUUCUCAAGUUGCUUAACAUCCUAGAAGAGAAGGAAUACGUUGUCAAUAAGCAAUGGCAACGUGUCCAGGAAGAAUCUAAACAGGACGAAGUUAGUGGUGAUGAUACCAGUACAGAUGACGUUAUUAGUCAUAUCAAAGAUGACACUGACACUAACCCUCUGGCCGACACCAAUGAAACACUUCUAUCGUUGAGGCAAAGACUCUUGUCAAAAGAUAAAUCCAUUUUGGACGACCCCAAAUCCACAGUUCGGACCAAUGAUUACCAUGAAUCGAUUCAACAGGAUAUGUUUAAUGAAUUACUUGAUUUGGCUCUGGUGUUGAAGUCCACUACGCUCAACUUCUCCAACGCCUUGAUGGGUGAAGACAAAGACAUGAUCUCCGCCACCUCAAACCAAUUGAGUGCCAAUGCCGAUACCAUGGACCGAGUGGGAUCCAAUUUGAACAAUUAUGUUUCCAAUAAACUGGGCUCAAAAAUAUCGCUAUUCUGGAUGAUUAAAAUCGCCCUAGUGUUGUUUGUGGUGUUUGUGUUUAUCUUGAUUAUCGCCAAACUCUUGCCUUCUAUGUGA